AUGAACGUAGUCUUCAACCAAGCGCUCAAGCAGUCUACUGCUAUUCGAAAAGACCUUGAGGCCUUUGCGCAGGCACCGGCUACUGCGUCUCCCGCUCUGCAAGGACAGAUUUCCACGACACUGACGAGCCUAUCGCGGACCCUCGAAGACUACCAGAAUCUCUCACGAAAUGAGUUGAACGAAGAGAAGAAAGAGAAGGCUGCGGAGCGACUGAAGAACUUUCGCGCUGAUCUAGCUUCGUACCGCACACAGUUCGAUCAUCUCAAGAAAGAGCGAGACAGUGCUGUCGCAGCCAACAACAGGAACGAACUGUUGGGGAGACGGCCUCAUCAUGCGGCCACCCCAGAAAACCCGUACGCUCACGCCUCCUCGACUCAAAGUGCAUUCGCGCCAGCGCAUCGCAAUACCCAGGAUGGCUUGUCGUUUGGAGCCGGACCCAGCAACUACACUCGCGAAGAACAUGCUCUUCGAGAACAGAAUUUCUUCGACUCGGCCAACUCGCAGCUGGACGAGUUUCUAGACCGUGGUCGGGCAGUGCUCGGUGAUCUGGCAAACCAGCGCGACAUCCUCAAAGGCACUCAGCGCAAGCUCUACAGCGUCGCAAACACGCUGGGCGUCAGCGGUGACACCAUCCGUAUGGUCGAACGGAGAGCCAAGCAGGACAAAUGGAUCUUUUGGGGCGGCGCCAUUAUCUUCUUCACCUUCUGUUUCCUGGUCAUUUAUUUCUUGAGAUAA